AUGUUGUCAUUUGUCCUGAUGCCAGUCUGGAAGAUGCAAAAAAAGAGGGACCUUACGAUGUGGUGGUUCUGCCAGGAGGUAAUCUGGGUGCACAGAAUUUAUGAGUCCGCUGCUGUGAAGGAGAUACUGAAGGAACAAGAGAAGAGGAAGGGCCUCAUCGCUGCCAUCUGUGCAGGUCCUACAGCUCCGCUGGCUCAUGAAAUAGGUUUUGGAAGCAAAGUUUCAACACACCCACUUGCUAAAGACAAAAUGAUGAAUGGAAGUCAUUACAGCUACUCCGAGAACCGUGUGGAGAAAGACGGCCUGAUCCUCACCAGCCGGGGACCAGGAACCAGCUUCGAGUUUGCUCUGAAGAUCGUCGAGGUGCUGGUCAGCAAGGAGGUGGCUGACCAAGUGAAGGCUCCGCUGGUUCUUAAAGAUUAA